UGAGUGGUUUCUGAUAUGAAAGGAGGAGAAGGAGAGGAAGAGGUUGGAUGUUGCAGUUUCAAUCUGAAUGCUCUCCCGCAAGAUUGUAUCGCCGUCAUAAUUUCUUUUACCUCACCUCGAGAUGCCUGUAGAUUGUCGCUUGUUUCAACCACCUUUAAAUCGGUCGCCGAUUCCGAUGCCGUUUGGGAAUCCUUCUUGCCGUCCCGAUACCAGGAUUUGAUCCCCUCGUCUGUCUCUUUCCCUUCCAAGAAACAGCUUUAUCUCAGCCUCUGUGAAAACCCUGUCCUCAUCGAUGGUGGACGAAUGAGUUUGUCGCUGGAAAGAUUGAGCGGGAAGAAAUGUUACAUGGUGUCACCCAGGGAGCUCCACAUCGUAUGGAGCGACACCCCAUCUUAUUGGACAUGGAUUUCUAUACCCGAGUCCAGGUUCAAAGAGAUACCGGAGCUUCUGAGUGUGUGUUGGUUUGAAAUCCGUGGGAAGAUCAGUAUCUUCAUGCUUUCACCAUUGACGCUGUACAAGGCUUACCUUGUUUACAAAGUGCAUGACGUUUACGGAUUCGAAUUCUACCCUGUACAGCUUAGUGUUGGAUUUGCUGGCGGUGAAGUUAGAAAGAGAGCUGCUUAUUUGGACCCUGAAAGAGGGCAGAGGCUACAUGAUUGGCAGAUUGAAGAGUACCAACUGCCUACGCCCAGCUAUGAUGAUCGGCUCCCAAAGGCUAGACCAGACGGGUGGUUGGAGGUGGAGUUGGGGGAUUUCUUCACUGAGGGAUGCAUGGAUGAUGGGGAUCUGGAAAUGAGUGCUUUGGAGGUCGAGGGCGGUAACUGGAAGGGCGGUCUCAUCAUCCAAGGGAUUGAAAUCAGGGCCAUCACCCCUAAUCCAUACACCAAAUUGAAUCAUGUUUUAGUUUCAAUUCUAAUCAUCUUACUGCUUAAAAUGUUAGACAAAAUUAAUCAAUAUACCAGAUUUAAACAUGUAUGCGUCUGAGUUUAGAUUUAUAUC